GCGGUGGCGCUGGGCCGCGCGCUGCUGGCGCUGGUGGCUGCGGCUGCGGGCGCUGCGCUGGCGGCGCUGGUGCUGCCGCGGGACCUGCGGCACCGCGGGCUCCCCGCGGCCACCAGGGGGCACCACUUCGGCAGCGACGCCAGCAAGGUGUGGCGGGCCAUCCGCAGGUUUGUCUCAGGUGUCCUGUCCCUCUAUUACCGGUCGGACGCCGCCGUCCGCGAGGACCCCGAGCUCCAGGCCUGGGUGGGCGAAAUCUUCACCCGCGGCUUCCUGGGCAGGAGGAGCUCAGGGGUGCCCUCCCGUCUGGACUCCGUGCGUGGCCUGGUCACCUUCGUCACCACCGUGAUCUACACCUGCUCUGCGCACCACGCGGCCACCAACAGCGGCCAGUUUGAGCUCUCCGCGUUCCCCGAACGCGCCGGCCGCCAUGCGCGCGCCCCCUCCCCGCCGCAAGGCCGCGCUGUCCGAGCGCGACUUCCUGGAGGCGCUGCCGGCCAUGAACACCACGGCCACGGUGCUGGCCGUGCUCUGGGUGCUCCGCAACGAGCCCAUGGACAUGCGCCCCCUGGGCCAUUACCCCGACCGUCACUUCACCGAGGCCGCCCCGCGCUCCCUGAUCCGGCGCUUCCGGCGCCGCCUGCGCCGAAUCUCGCGCCAGAUCCGGCCCGGAACGCGGCGCUGGAGCGGCCCUACCCGUACCUGGACCCCGAGAACAUCGAGAACAGCGUGGCCAUCUGAGACACCCCAAAU